GGUAUUGCCAGCGCGGCAGUGGCGGAUCUCGGUUCCGUCCAGCGGGUUCUGUAAAGCGAGCUGAGGCGGAGAAAGGGCGCGGAACUGGAAAGGGGUGAGUCAGGCGCUGGCUACGUGAUAAAGGGAGGCGGCACUGCGGCAUAAGACUGAAUUAGGUAAAUGGACCCGUGCUGCAGUCUCUCCGGAGACACCGCGAUCUAGCGCCAGCGAGAAGAGGGCGAGGAGGAGCCAGAGCCCGGUCCUUGCACCCGUUCUCGCCCUCGUACCCCGCCGCCAUCUCCACCAUGCAGUCCCGGGAAGAAGCUCCACGCUCUCGCCGCCUGGCCAGUCCCCGCGGUGGGAAGCGGCCCAAGAGGGUUCACAAGCCCACGGUUUCGGCUUUUUUCACGGGCCCGGAGGAGCUGAAGGACACGGCUCAUUCUGCAGCCCUGCUGGCGCAGCUGAAGUCUUUCUACGACGCGCGGCUGUUAUGUGAUGUGACCAUCGAGGUGGUGACACCUGGCAGCGGGCCUGGCACCGGCCGCCUCUUCCCCUGCAACCGUAACGUGCUGGCUGCCGCGUGUCCCUACUUCAAGAGCAUGUUCACAGGUGGCAUGUACGAGAGCCACCAGGCGAAUGUGACCAUGCAUGAUGUGGAUGCCGAGUCCUUCGAGGUGCUGGUCGACUACUGCUACACAGGUCGUGUAUCCUUGAGUGAAGCCAACGUGGAACGCCUUUACGCGGCCUCUGACAUGUUGCAGCUCGAGUACGUGCGGGAAGCUUGUGCCUCCUUCCUAGCCCGCCGCCUUGACCUGGCCAAUUGCACCGCCAUCUUUAAGUUUGCCGACGCCUUCGGCCAUCGCAAACUGCGAUCACAGGCCCAGUCCUUCAUCGCCCACAACUUCAAGCAGCUCAGCCAGAUGGGUUCGAUUCGGGAAGAGACUCUGGCAGACCUGACCCUCGCCCAGUUGCUGUCUAUCCUGCGCCUUGAUAGUCUAAACAUAGAGCUUGAGCAGACCGUGUGUCAUGUGGCAGUGCAGUGGUUGGAAGCGUCUCCCAAGGAGCGGGGUCCCAACGCUGCGGAAGUCUUCAAGUGUGUCCGCUGGACCCACUUCACAGAUGAAAAUAAGGACUACCUGGAAGGGCUGCUGACCAACACCAUUGUGAAGAAGUACUGUCUGGACCUUAUCGAAGGGGCCCUGCAGAUGCGAUACGGUGACAAGUUGUGCAAGUCUCUGGUGCCGAAGCCAGAGAGCAGUGGCGGCAGCAGCGGCAGCGGCACUAGCGGCGGUGGCGGCGGCGGCGGCAGCGGCAGCGGCAGCGGCAACAGCAGUGGCGGCGGCGGCAGCGGCUGCGGCAGUAGCAGCAGCAGCUCUAUGGUACCUACAUCAGAAAAUCCGCCCCAGAGGCUGGGUGUGUGCGCUAAGAAGAUGGUGAUCUUCUUUGGACAUCCUAGGGAUCCCUUUCUGUGCUGUGACCCAUACACCGGAGAUAUUUACAAAGUGCCGUCACCUCUGACCUGCCUUGCUCACACCAGGACUGUAACCACCUUAGCUGUCUGUGUCUCUCCAGACCAUGACAUCUACCUGGCUGCCCAGCCCCGGAAAGACCUGUGGGUGUAUAAGCCAGCCCAGAAUAGUUGGCAGCAGCUUGCCGACCGCCUGCUGUGUCGCGAGGGCAUGGAUGUGGCCUACCUCAAUGGCUACAUCUACAUCUUGGGUGGGCGAGACCCGAUUACCGGCGUUAAAUUGAAGGAAGUGGAAUGCUACAGUGUUCAGAGAAACCAGUGGGCACUGGUGGCUCCGCUACCCCAUUCUUUUAUAUCCUUUGAUCUAAUGGUAAUUCAGAACUAUCUUUAUGCUCUCAACAGCAAGCGCAUGUUCUGCUACGAUCCUAGCCACAAUAUGUGGCUGAAGUGUGUUUCUCUGAAGCGCAAUGACUUUCAGGAAGCCUGUGUCUUCAACGACGAGAUCUACUGUAUCUGUGACAUCCCAGUCAUGAAGGUCUACAAUCCAGUCAGAGGAGAGUGGAGGCAGAUCAAUAAUAUUCCCUUGGUGUCGGAGACCAACAACUACCGGAUAAUCAAUCACGGCCAAAAACUGUUGCUGAUCACGUCGCGCACCCCACAGUGGAAGAAGAACCGGGUGACCGUGUAUGAAUAUGACACUAGGGGAGACCAGUGGAUUAACAUAGGUACCACGUUAGGCCUCUUCCAGUUUGAUUCCAACUUCUUCUGCCUGUCAGCUCGUGUUUAUCCUUCCUGCCUCGAGCCUGGUCACAGUUUCCUCACGGAGGAAGAAGAUGUGCCGAGUGAAUCCAGUACUGAAUGGGAUUUAGGUGGAUUCAGUGAGCUGGACUCUGAGUCAGGAAGUUCAAGUUCUCUAUCUGAUGAUGAUUUGUGGGUUCAGGUAGCUCCUCAGUGAAAUGCACAGGAUCAGAAUUUGUUGUAGAUAGGUUGAAACACUACGGUGUUUUUACUGCUUUGGAAAGUGUCUUAAAGAGAUACCCUUUCUCUUUGCUGGGAAAACAACAAAACAAAACAGGUUGAUUAAUUUCAGGUUUGGUUUAGAAAGGGUAUUGUUUGAAAUACUAACAUAUUUAAUGUUAGGGAGUUUAUACACUCAAAGAAAUCAACCUAUUUAAUAAUUUACUGUUCUAAAAGUCCUAUAUUGAUUUGAUUGUUUGGUAUGUUUAUGUUCGAUUAUACUAAUUUAGUCUUCUGUUCUUAAAUCUUAUAUUCUGUUUCGUGCCACAAGUACUGUGACUUGAAUUUUGAUUUUUAAAAUAGAAAACUUACUGGCUAGGAAUUACCAGGUGGGGUUUUGAAAGUAUAUAUUUUCCUUCAGAACAGGGUAGUAGGUUUCCAAAACUUUAAAUUAGUGGGUUAUUACAAAAUGUGUUCUAAUUUAAAUAUAGUUUGCCAGGUUUUAGUUUAGUUACCUCCCCUGUGUGAAGAAGAGAAACAAAGAAAGCUUAUAUGUUUAAUGUGACUGGUGAUUUCAUUUGUAAUGAUGUGCAGAAUGGCAGUAAGCUCACUAAAAGUAAAAACGAAGCAAACAAAAACAGGAUUCUACUGUUUGGAAAGAAAUUCGUUUUAAAUUUGUAAUAUAAAAUGUGUAUUUGCAAACAGUGACCAGUUUUCCAUCUGUUCUAGUAGUGUCACCAGUCAUUGAGAAACCUUAAAAAAAACAAAAACAAAAC